ACAUUAAGUGUAUGUAAUUUGGCAACAAUCUUCGUUUCAGAAAUAAAAACAAUCGAAAUGGCUUUCAUGCGGUCUCUGUGUCGAAGUUCUAGUCCUGCUUCCAGGCUUAAUGUAUCUUCUACAUUUCGAACAAAUAAAGCUGACUACCACGAAAAGGUCAUAGAUCAUUAUGAGAACCCACGUAAUGUUGGAUCACUGGAUAAAAAUGAUAAACAUGUUGGAACUGGACUUGUUGGUGCACCUGCAUGUGGAGAUGUUAUGAAGUUGCAGAUUAAAGUUGAUGAUAAUGGGAAAAUAACUGAUGCAAAGUUUAAGACUUUUGGCUGUGGCUCUGCUAUAGCAUCCAGUUCUCUUGCUACUGAAUGGGUGAAAGGGAAAUCUGUUGAUGAAGCUCUUAAAAUAAAAAAUAAGGAUAUAGCUAAAGAACUUUGCUUACCUCCAGUAAAGCUACAUUGUUCAAUGCUUGCUGAAGAUGCUAUUAAAGCAGCUCUGAAGGAUUAUAAGCUAAAGCAAACAAACAACAAUUCAUAAAAUGCAGUCUCAUCAAAAUUUUAUUUGUAAAUUUUGUAUAGUGAAUUAAAUUUAAAUAUUGUAUAGUGCUUUAAAAUUCUUUAAAAAUGUUCUGCAAUUUAAAGACUUGAUUCAAUAAAUGUGAGGAAAGCAUAA